CCUUAUACUCCAAUCCCACCGAUAAAAAGCCAUCAAUAGAUUCUUUUUUUUAUCAUCUCCUCACAUUCUCCAAGAAAACCUCCCAAAGAAAAAGGCGUGAUAGUCUGCUGCUGUAAGAAUGCCGUUGAAGGUAUUGGACGCAACCUUAGCAACUUUUGAUGGAGUUUUCGAAAAGUUCAGAGCAGAGUCGCCCAAAAACAAAGCCAAUUUCAUCCUACUCCUCGCUGAUGUAGACCCUUCUACCAACCUUAGUUGGUGCCCUGAUUGUGUACGAGCUGAACCUGUUAUAUACAAGAAACUGGAAGCGUCAAGUGACGAUAUAGCACUGCUGAGGGCAUACGUCGGGGACAGACCUACUUGGAGAACUCCACAGCACCCAUGGCGAGUAGAUGGCAGGUUCAACUUAAUCCGAUGGGAAAAUGAUGCAAUCAAAGGUCGACUUGAAGACCACGAAGCACACCUUGAUCACAAAAUUGCUUCCCUUCUGUAUGGAAAUUAAGUUUCGUCAUGUUAAAAAAGAAUUAUGUCAACAACUUUACUUGAUUUUACUUUGGGAAAAAAUUCUAUUUCCACCUUGAACUAUACGCGAAAAAGUUUGAGACACACCUGAACUUUCUAUUAUCCUCUGCAUUAAUUAAAAUCGUAUUUUUGAUAACCUUAGUGCCUACGUGACACACAAGUAUGUGUCACGUAGACACUAAAUUAUUAAAAAUAUAAUUUUAAUUAGUCCAGAAGUAAUAGGACUCUCUUGAAGUUCGGUGUGUCUCAAUCUUAUAGUUGAAGUGGAAAAAGAUAACAUUUUCUCUUUUAAUUUUGUUCCAAGUUGCCUAGUUGGACUGAAAUUGACUAUAGCAAUGUAGAGGAAGUUGCCAUACAAAAGGCACCUAA